UACUGGACGAGUUCAAUGAAAGACCUCGACACGCACGCACGCACGCACCACCACCACUCACCUUGUUACUUUGCCAGAUCGUCUGUUCUUGGUGACCGACUAUCAGCCUUCCAGCACUCGUCUUAUCCUACAACUGAAAUCCUCGUCUUUGCACCUAAAAUGGCUUUAAAUGGCAAAGUUGCAGUGGUGACCGGGGCUGCGAUGGGAAUAGGAAAAGCAAUAACGGAGAGGUUUCUACAGAGCAGUGCCAAGGUCGUCCUCUUGGACAUGAAUGAAACGGCAGCAAAGAGCCUGAUGCAGGAGCUCGUUGCACAACACGGAGACGACAGGCUUUUGUUUCUGAGCUGCAACGUUGCGUGUGACGACCAGAUGAAAGCUGCCUUUCAGAAAGUCACAGAAACCUUUGGAGGGAUCGACAUCGUGUGCAACAACGCCGGCAUUUUGGACGAGUGUGACUGGGAAAAAACUGUCUCCGUCAACCUGGGCGGCGUCAUCAGGGGGACGUAUGUGGCUCUGGAGCACAUGAACAAGCUGACGGGAGGUCGGGGGGGAGUCGUCAUCAACACGGCCUCUGUAGCAGGAGUCUUUCCUGUCAAACUCUGCCCCGUCUACACGGCCUCCAAGCACGGAGUGGUGGGCUUCACUCGGGCCAUGGCGGCCGCUUCGUCCGCCUCAGGCUACGGCGUUCGGUUCAACGCCAUCUGCCCAGGAACCGUGCAAACCCAGUUUUUUUCCAAAUCCAGACUGCUACAACCGAUCGACCCAAGCGAAACCUUAACCGGAGCAGAAGUCUUUGGCAAAAUAACACCAUGUGAUGUAGCUGAGUCGGUCCUUGAGCUGGUGAUGGAUGAGACAAGGACCGGAGAGGCCCUGAUGAUUCUCCAACGAGGGAGGACGUUCAUCACGUUUCCUCAAGUGUAGCAACAAACCCUGCGACUGAAUCCUGUCAUUACAGCUUUAAAGUGAUGAAGAAACACAAACAACAUCUUAACAAGAGUGUGACAGUCAGAAUCGCUCCACUCUGCUUUUCCUUCAUGUUCAUCAAAUCACUGCCUUUGUUAUUACGAUAAAUGCUGUUUCCUCUAACGCUGUUACUACACGUAGAACAUAAAUACACGCUGUACCUGGAAGUUAGAAUGAUAAUCACAGGUUUUAUUCAAUAGAUCCUUCCCUGAAAGAGAAAUAAAAACUCCAAACCACA